GAGACGUAGGGUAUGGCAUACUUCCCUUAUAAUGGAUAGUAUAGCUUCAUACACGUUCGGAUGGCCUUUAGCGACGAGCAGAACAAAUUAUGUGCCACUUCCACAAGCAAUCGACGACGAAUAUCUACUAGAAGAAGGUGAAGGUUACCAACCAGCAAAUAAACCUUCCAAGUUAGAGUUCUUCCGUAAUUAUCUCCAACUAUCCGAGGUUCCUCGCGAGAUUACAGAUAGUAUGCAUGCGUUGGGACAGAAUUCGAUUGAACAGGGCUCAGCUACAUCCCUAACUCAAUAUGUUAGCGAAAUGCCAAAGUAUUGUCUGCGGUUGGACGAAAUGUUAGACAAUUUGCCGAGAGAGCUUCAAGAGGCAAACCAGCCUGUUGUCGAAGAAUGCUUUAGGGUUCAAAGCCUAGUUCUCAGUAUACGUUCAAACUACUAUGUCCGACUUUCCAUUCUUCGUCCCUGUCUUCUGGCAACUGUCGCAAACAGGACAAUCCGUUCAGAGUUGUUAAAAGCUAAGUGUGGCACUAGAAGCCUCGCUAUGGGGCUGCUUCACGACAUCAAUAAGCUUUGCGUCUCCACGGCACGGACAGUUAUUAAUAGAGCGCAUAAGAAUGCCCAUCUUAUGUAUCAGGCCUCUACUUGGCACACAUUACGAGUGACUUUUGGCUCGGCAACAGUCUUAUUAGCGGCUAGCCUACUACCAGAAUUGCACGUUGACUUGGAUCAAGAGCCAGAUAAGACUAUAUGGGAGCAGACCAUUGGAAUAUUUGAACUCUACAUGUCAUACGAUAUCUCUGCGCAGGGAGGACUUCAGGCAUUACGGGAGUAUCGGCAGAAAUUUGAGACGGCCAAGAAGCGUGAGGAAGUAUCAAAACCCGAACUGGGCUGUGCUGAUAUACCGCCAAUUUGUCAGGGCAAUACAAUGAUUGGCUUACCAGCUGAAAUUUCUACUGGACUGGAUAAUAUAUUCCUUGGGGCUGGCGCUUCGGGUCCGGACGGAGAUCUUUCUCAGGCAUUCUUUGAUUGGAAUUGGCUCGAUUUUGACAUUACAGAGGUAAUGAGACCCUAGAAUCUU